AUGAAGACAGAAGAUCUGAAGGCUCUCCCACCUGUCCUUGAUAAGGACUUCAAGACCAUCGAGCCUCACCUGCUCGCCCUCGAUAAGCACCUGAUUCUCAGGACCUACCUUGAUGGCUACCAGCUGGGCGACAACGACAAGGCGAUCUGGGUCGCUCUCAGGAGCAACCGAGCUGCCACGUCGUAUAUCCUGAAGGGCGCCCUGGGUAAUCUGCAGCGGUGGUUCGCGUAUGUCGAGGCAACCCACCCCGAGAUCCAGGACUCCAUCAAGGCCGCCGAGGCCGAGAAGAAGAAGAAGGUGGCCGCCGCAAGCAAAGCUGGAGGAAACUACAGCCUUGCUCUUCAGGAUGCUGACAAGGGUGUGGUUACUCGUUUUCUGCCUGAACCUUCAGGAUAUUUGCACAUCGGACACGCCAAGGCCGCUCUGCUGAGUGACUACUUCGGCCAUGUAGCAUACAAAGGAACCCUGCGUCUACGUCUCGAUGACACAAAUCCUUCCAAGGAGAAGGGAGAAUACCAAGACGCCAUCAUUGAGGAUCUGGCCCUCAUGGGCAUCACACCCGACAAGCUGUCCUAUACCUCCGAUUACUUCGAUUACCUUUACGACAUGUGCAAGCGGCUCAUCAACGAGGGUCACGCGUACGCCGACGAUACAGACCAGGAGACCAUGCGGGAUGAGCGCUGGAAGGGCAUUGCGUCCAAGCACCGUGACAUGUCUAUCGCUGAAACGCUGCGCAUCUUCGAGGAGAUGAAGCAGGGCUCUGAGGAAGGCAAGAAGUUCUGCAUCCGGGCGAGGGUCUCGUCCGACAACCCAAACAAAGCCAUGAGAGACCCCGUCAUCUACCGUUGCAACACGGACGUCCCUCAUCACAGGACCGGCUCAACUUGGAAGAUGUAUCCCAUGUACGACUUCGCAUGCCCCGUCAUCGACAGCCACGAGGGCGUCACCCACGCUCUCCGCUCCACCGAGUAUACCGACCGGAACCCGCAGUACCAAUGGUUCAUUGAUACGUUGAAGCUCCCCCAGGUGCACAUGUGGGACUUCGCGCGCAUGAACUUCAUCAAGACCUUCCUCUCGAAGCGAAAGCUGGCCAAGCUCGUGGACACCGGCCGCGUCUGGGGUUGGGACGACCCCCGCAUGCCCACCAUCCGGGGUGUACGCCGGCGAGGCAUGACUGUUGAGGCACUGCGUGAGUUCAUCAUCAAGCAGGGCCCCAGCCGGAAUGUCACCACCAUGGAUUGGACCACAUUCUGGGCCAACAACAAGAAGGUCAUCGACCCUAUCGCGCCCCGGUACACAGCUAUCGCUUCCAAGGAUGCCGUCAAGGUCAAGGUCACAGGUACAGACACGCCGGCCGAGCCAACAUCAAUUGACAAGCCCAAGCACCCCAAGAACAAGGACGUGGGUACCAAGAAGGUUGUUCUGUCAGACGAGCUCCUGCUGGACCAGGCCGAUCUGGCCUUGAUGAAGCCGGACGAGGAGAUCACACUGAUGACCUGGGGUAACGCCUUCGUGCGGUCCAUCGACGGCAGCGGGCCUAUUAAUACGGCGACUGUCGAGCUCAACCUGGCUGGCGACGUGAAGAAGACCGAGAAGAAGGUGACGUGGCUGUCGACCAAGGGCGCGAAGCUUGUCCGUGCCGAGCUGUGGGAUUUCGACUACCUCAUCACCAAGGACAAGCUGGAGGAAGACGACAACCUCGAGGACUUCCUGAACCCCAACACGUCCACCAUGGAGGAGGCCUGGUGUGAGGAGGAGGUCGCAACCCUGAAGAAGGACGACAUUAUCCAGCUGGAGAGGAGGGGAUACUACCGUGUAGACAAGGGCAUUCCCGACUGCAAGGACGGAGAGGAGCAGAAGGUGAUUCUGUUCUGUAUCCCAACGGGAAAGACGGGUGAGAGCCGUGAACAGAAGAAGUAGAACAAGGCUCCGUAGCGAAAAGCUUGUUUUGCGCUUUUCUGGAGAAAGAGCCAUUGUUUUACCUAAGUAGCUCAUAGACAUCAGCACGUCACGAAAAGGAAAAAUUGGACAUCAAGUGUCGACAUAUC